UCUACCACCGUGUUUUUCAUGUUGUGAAUCGUGGAAUAAAUACGUGCGAAAUAUUUGGAAGAAGGAUUACAACGUCAACGUUAUUUAUUAAUUAUUGUGAUGUUUUGUGAAAGUUAUAUCAAGAAUGCCAAUACAGGCACCACAGUGGACUGAAUUCCUGUCUUGUCCCGUUUGCUGUCACGAUUUUGAUUCAACAUCACGUGGACCGAUUUCUCUCGGAUGUGGUCACACGAUAUGUCGAACUUGCCUUGCUAACUUGCAUAGAAAGCAGUGUCCAUUUGAUCAGAAUGCAAUAAAUACGGAAAUCGAGCGUUUACCAUUGAACGAGGCUCUUCUUCAAUUAGUGGGCAAUGCAGUCCCUUCACCAGCCAGUUCAGCUCACCAGAAGCUUCUUCCCCCUGAGGAUCAUGCAGAUUACCUCGUCGCAAAGCAUUGCAUCGAGGAAUUGGCCCUUUACCUCAAACCAUGCCAGGCGACACCAGCGAAUGGCGCUGGAAUGGGUCUCGUAUCACGUCCCAUGCAGAGAAAACUCGUUACUCUGGUCGGAUGUCAGUUGGUAGAGCCUGAGGGACGUGCUCGAGCUGUCAGGGCAGCUCGUAGCCUCGGGGAGAGAUCUGUGACAGAACUCAUUCUUCAACAUCAGAAUCCCCAACAGUUGAGCGCUAAUUUGUGGGCGGCUGUGAGGGCACGAGGAUGUCAAUUUCUGGGGCCUGCAAUGCAGGAAGAAGUACUUAAACUUGUAUUGUUGGCCCUUGAGGAUGGAUCUGCAUUGUCCAGAAAGGUUUUAGUGAUGUUUGUCGUGCAAAGGCUCGAGCCUCACUUUCCCCAAGCCUCCAAAACCAGCAUCGGACAUGUUGUUCAGCUCUUAUAUCGAGCCAGCUGCUUCAAGGUCUCAAAAAGAGAAGGAGAUUCAUCCUUGAUGCAAUUGAAAGAAGAGUUUAGAACGUACGAGGCCCUCAGACGAGAACACGACGCUCAGAUUGUUCAAAUCGCCACUGAAGCUGGUUUGAGAAUAGCACCGGAUCAGUGGUCAGCACUAUUGUAUGGAGAUACUGGUCACAAGUCACAUAUGCAGAGUAUUAUUGAUAAGCUGCAGACACCACAGUCGUUUGCUCAGAGUGUACAGGAGUUGGUGAUUGCGUUACAGAGAACACCAGAUCCAGGACAAUUGAGUAGCCUGAGGCCGCAGUUAGAGUUGCUAGCUGCCAUUGAUCCAAGUCCAGAAACGGAAUGUCCAAGUUGGCCCACAACCAGAGCAGUACUAGAGGCAGUGAAAAUCGUAGUGACAGCUCUAGUUGAUUACAUACAACAGCACGGAAGUAGAAAAUCGCAGGAAGGCAUUCACACGACUGGACCUGGACAAUCUAAAUACAAAGUCAGUAUGUGCCGCGAUUUAUCACUCAGAGGAUCUUGCCCACGUGCUACUAAUUGUACAUUUGCUCACAGUGACAUGGAACUCGAUAAGUACAGAUCGAAAAGUCGAAAAUUGAGUGCGAGACCGAGUUUGCAAUUGACUGGAAGCCCAGAUCCGAAAAUUGAAAAAACAAUAAGCCCGCCAGGAAAAGGAUUCAAGCAAUGUGAUGACUUGAAUUAUCACUCGCCCAAAACAAUUGACAAUAAUCACAUUGAGAAUUACAAUUCAAUCAAAAGAAGAAUGGAGAUAAUUAAUCAACUAGAAAAUAUUGUGAGGACGCCACAUCAAAGUCCACAUCAGAUUAAAAUGAAUUACGAUAUUCAGACGGAGGGAAUCCAGGGAAACUACUCGAUAUGGGCUAAUGGACCAUCGCAAAUACCUCCUGGCUCGAUCAAUUACGGAAAUAAUCAUCGACGCUCUGAUCUAGUUUUCGAUGAUGAGUUUGUGCCAUUUGAGGCAUCACCAGCUAGCAAAUAUGGACCUAUUUCGAGGCUAUCAAAAUCAUUGCUCAGGUAA